UUCUCUAGGUCAGAAGGGACACCGUGCUCACUGGCUAAAGUGGCGGCGUGGUCAGGGCAGCAUUCUUCGCUGGAGGCUCUAGGGAGAAUCUGCUUCCUCGUUUGUUCAGAGAGUGAAGAUGCGUUUCCAAGACUGGUGGCUGUGUUUGGGCCUUCUAGUCAUCUCGGUCAACGCAGAAUUCAUGGACGAGGGUGUUGAGAUGGACGACUUUGAGGAAAGUUCAGACGACACCGAUGUUAAUGAGGGUGAAAUUUCUUCAGAGAUUAAAUAUAAGACACCUCAGCCGAUAGGAGAAGUGUAUUUUACAGAAACCUUUGAUAGUGGAAGGUUGGCCGGGUGGGUCUUAUCAAAAGCAAAGAAAGAUGAUACAGAUGCAGCGAUUUCUAUCUAUGAUGGAAGAUGGGAGAUAGAAAAGUUGAAGGAAAACCGGGUGCCUGGAGACCGAGGGCUGGUGUUGAAGUCUAGAGCGAAGCACCACGCCAUAUCGGCCGUGUUGGCCAAGCCCUUCGUGUUCGCUGACAAGCCUUUGGUAGUUCAAUAUGAAGUAAAUUUUCAAGAUGGUAUUGAUUGUGGAGGUGCAUACAUUAAACUUCUAGCAGACACUGAUGAUUUGACUCUGGAAAACUUUUAUGAUAAAACGUCCUAUACCAUUAUGUUUGGACCAGAUAAAUGUGGAGAAGACUAUAAACUUCAUUUUAUCUUCAGACAUAAACAUCCCAAAACUGGAGUUUUUGAAGAAAAACAUGCCAAACCUCCAGACGUAGACCUUAAAAAGUUCUUUACAGACAGGAAGACUCAUCUUUAUACCCUUGUGAUGAAUCCAGAUGACACAUUUGAAGUAUUAAUUGAUCAGAUAGUUGUAAACAAAGGCAGCCUACUAGAAGACGUGGUUCCUCCCAUCAAUCCUCCCAAAGAGAUCGAAGAUCCCAAUGAUAGCAAGCCCGAGGAGUGGGAUGAAAGACCGAAAAUCCCUGAUCCUUCAGCCGUCAAACCAGAAGACUGGGAUGAAAACGAACCUGCUCAGAUAGAAGAUUUAAGUGCUACUAAACCUGAUGGCUGGCUUGAUGAUGAACCAAGAUUUAUCCCGAAUCCUAAGGCUGAGAAACCCGACGAUUGGAACGAGGACAUGGACGGAGAGUGGGAGGCUCCUCAUAUUCCCAACCCAGCGUGCCAGAUUGGAUGUGGCGAGUGGAAACCUCCCUUGAUAGACAACCCAAAAUACAAAGGAAUAUGGAGACCUCCACUGAUCGAUAAUCCCAACUACCAGGGAGUAUGGAGUCCUCGAAAAAUUCCUAAUCCAGAUUAUUUUGAAGAUGAUCACCCGUUUCUUCUGACUUCUUUCCGUGCUCUUGGGCUAGAGCUUUGGUCUAUGAACUCUGAUAUCUACUUUGAUAAUUUCAUUAUCUGUUCGGAAAAGGAAGUAGCAGAUCGCUGGGCCGCAGAUGGUUGGGGAUUGAAAAUAAUGAUAGCAAAGGCUAACGAGCCUGGCGUCUUUAAACAGUUACUGGCAGCCACUGAAGAACGCCCAUGGCUUUGGUGCAUUUAUUUUGUGACCGCAGGGUUGCCAAUAGCAUUGAUUGCUUUGUUUUGUUGGCCAAGAAGAGCAAAGAAAAAACAUGAAGACACAGAGUAUAAAAAAACAGACAUAUGCAAACCGCAAACUAAGGGAGCACUUGAGCAGGACAUGAAGGAAGAGAAGGCAGCCCUGGAGAAACCGGUGGACGUGGAAGAGGAAAAAACGCAAAGCGAUGGCGAAGUCCUUGAAAAAGAAGAGGAAGCUGAGCCCGAGGAAAAGAGCGAGGAAGAAAUAGAAAUCAUAGAAGGGCAAGAAGAAGGUAAUAAGUCAAAUAAGUCUGGAUCAGAAGAUGAGAUGAAAGAAGCAGAUGAGAGCACAGGAUCCGGAGACGGGCCGGUAAAGACAGUCCGCAAAAGAAGAGUGCGGAAGGACUGAAGUCCGCUCGAGUGCUUCGGACCGGAGAGAGCUGCUUGGCGUUCCACAACCAGGUGCCAGGGCCAACUGGCAGCAGCGCGCACAGCUGUCCCCGACGCUGCGCAACACGACUCCUUCAGACAUUUACUUUAGCCCUUCUUUGCAGCGCGAAAAAAUGAUAACUUUGAAGUUACCUGGUCUUUGAAUUUAGAAUAAAAGUGGCAUGUUACGUAUCAGA